CGGCUCGUAAGCAGUUGAGUGAGGCGCGUGCGCCGGGUAGGCGGGGCCAAGAGUGGCGGUUGGAAAAGCCGCCUCCUCGGUUAGGGAUUGGCUGCCUGUUUCCAGGGCGGGGGAAAGGCAGAAGGGAAGCGGAGCGAUGGAGUUGCGGGCGGAAUUGACGGGCCGCGACGGGCUGAAGCGGCCGCUGAUGGUCCGCUGCGAGCCGCCGGGAGAGUUGCGGGGCCUGCUCAGCGGCCUAGCUCAGCUGCGGGAACAGGUCUCCGCGCUGCUUGGCCCCCUGGUGCAGCAGGAGAGCGGCGCCGGCGACCGAGCCGGGCCUGGAGGUGAUGAUGAUGAUGAUGAUGAUGAACAGGAUGAUGAUGAAGAAGAAAAUCAUGUUAUUGCCAAAGCAUGUGCUGAUGGACCACCAUUAAAACGGAUAAAAACACAGUCCUGAUGAAAACUACAAACAUUUUUCUACUGAAUUUGAGUUUAAUCAUAUACACACUUUCCCUCUGGGAAAAUUUCUGGGAUGUUUUGUUAAAACACAGUCCUGAUGAAAACUGCAGGUUUUUUUCUACGGAAUAUGAGUUUUGUUUUCUAGACACUUCCCUCCUGAGGAAACUUCUGGGCUACUUUUUAAACUAGAAAUGCACUGUCCUUUUUAUUAUUUACCAUUACCACACAUCAAAAGGGAAGCUUAUUUGUGGAGUAUUAUGUGAAAUACUGAAGCAACCAAGUAAAAGACCAUGUAUAUAAGAAAGAAUUAUCUCCCUUCUCUGAGGGGAAAGGACCAGUAGCGGUAUUGAAAUAAAUUAGAAAGAGUUGUUUAUUUUCAUUACUAUCUUCAUAAAUAAACUGGGAGUAGAAAGUAAGGAAGUAAUAGAGGGGAAAGAUUGUUAAAAGAGAAAGAAGUCAAUGUAAAAAGAGCAGGCAGGAGGAAUGGAAGUAAUGACACUUCGGAGCAGGAAGAGGAAAUAAGGUAUGAACAUGAAAGAAGAACGGGAGAAGAAAUUAUGAGUAAAAAAUAUUUUGCGAUAUAUGGGGUGGGAAGGGAGGAAAUAGAAAAGAGCCUCUUCUAUUUUAAGUCACUUAGAGCAAAUUCUUCCUGGAAUGGGGAAGCUGAAUCACAGUAUCUCCAGUAGCUGCACUUAGCUUGAGAAAAGUUGAACUAUAGAAUUCAUUUCCAGUAGGAAACUGCUGUAGCAAAGAAUCUAGCAAUUUCCCAAGAUGGAUUAAAUACCAAUAGAAAAUGGUGUCCACAAUUGCCAGCUGAUUGUGCUAAACUGCCUGCAUAUCCUAAUCCUCUCAUUGAAGUGAUAAAAAAAAUUAAAACUUAUUAACAAUUCUAGUAACGACAAAAGUGAUGCCAACUAAGAUCGAUCUCUGAAGGCUUUCUGAAAGAAUAAAGUAUUCAGUGGAGGCUGAAAAGACAAGCAAGAUGGUACAUGUGUAACAGUCAACAGGCUUAUAUGACUGGUUCUGUCCCUGCACCUCCAUUUUGGCAGCUUUGUUUAGGAAAGUUUUUAAUGUUUGAUGUUUUAUCGUGUUUGUUGGGAGCUGCUCAGAGUGGCCGGGGAAGCCUAGCCAUAUGGGCGGGAUAUAAAUUAUUAUUAUUUGUCACUGAUGGGCCUCAGUAAUUGUCACCUUUUAAUUGAGCCCUGGGAGUAGAGAGUUUUGAGAACCUCCUGUCUUAAGGACAACUUCUAAUGUGACAUUUGUCUAUGGCAUUACCUAAGAAUGAAAGACCAUGAGAAUUUUACAUUUCAAUAAUACUUUUAAGUUCUUUCUGUGGUAGAUUUUUAAAAAAUUAAAUUAAGUAUCCCUUUAAAAGAGCCUGGGGCAGAACAAUAACUCAAAAAUUAUUCAAACAAACGUAUCAAAGACUACACUUGUAAUCUAUGACUAAAUCAAAUACAUUUAAAGAUGUUUCCCGUGUAAAUAAACAGUUGGAGACAAAGAAAAUGUGCCUGGGCGUGUGCAUCAAGCAUUCACAAUACAACGAAGUAGAAUAUAUCAUGAACUGUGUUCGUUUAUAUGCUGUCAAAGUAUUUACUUUCCAUGACAUGCAUUAAAUCUGCUGUCACUCA